AUGUUCAAACACGACGCCGACAAGGUCAAGGAUGAACUCGCCAAGAAUCGACCCGUACGAUUGGAAAUGCAAUGGUCGCUACCCCAUCCCGACAGUCGCGUCGAGUACGAUCUAUUUUCCAGUCCCACUGAUCCCGUGGCACAUCACUUUCUCAACGAAUUCAAACCCAUUGCCAAGGCACUGGGACAUCAUGCCUACUUUACGCCACACAUAAUUCUGUUCUUUACCCAAAGCAAUCGAACUAACUCGGAUUUGCUUAGGUAUUGCGCUAUGGACCCUGAUAAAAACUUGGAUUCCGGUGUGAGUGGAUUCGAUGUUGUCAAGGAAUCACUCCGACGACACUGCAUCUGGAGCAAUUACGGAGAAGACGACGGUGUCGGUGAAAAGUGGUGGGACUACGUGUCCGAAUUUGACAAGCGGUGUGGAAAUAUGGAUUACUUUAACAACCCCGACUGUGUCAAUGAUGUCUACCAUCAUUCCCACGUCGACGGCGAUCUCAUUGAACGAUGCAUGCAAAAUUCCGGAGGCCUGGAAAAGGACGCCACCAACUCCUUCUUGGAAUCCGAACUUAAGGCACAAACCGACCUGGGCGUUGUCAUUAUGCCCACGGCAUUUGUGAAUAAGGUCGCCAUUCGCGGUGCCAUGUCGGUUGCCAAUGUCUUUCAAGCCGUCUGUGCCGGAUUUGCUGCCGGAUCCCGUCCUCACAUUUGUACCAUGUGCAGUCACUGCGGUGAUCCCGCCGCCUGUGUCCAUCACGGACAUUGUACCGCACACAUGGGGGGUGGAUUCAUGCACGAAAGUCUCCCCAAGGGAUCCGUUUCCACCCACAGCUUUUAUGGAUGGAUGCUCUUUAUUGUCGGAUGCUUCUCCGUCGCGGCGGCCUGGCAUUACAAAAAGAGCCGGGACGAUAUGCGACAACAGGUCCGAACCAUUUUGGCCGAUUAUAUGCCACUCAACGACUCGGAUCAAAUGGGAGGUUCUCCUGGAGGUGGUAUGCAAAUGCCCGCCUUUGGGGGCAAUGCCCAAAUGGCCGUCUCGAGCAUGAUGGGUAUGGGAUCGUCGCAGCAGUCGCAGGCGCCACCAUCGGCUCCGCAAUAUAAUCCUGGCAGUCUCUUGUAA